AUGGCAGACACUCAGAUAAACAGAAACCGUCCCGCCGCUGUCAAUCACCGUCAGCCGAAUCGAUUGCAAAGCCGCGCUCCGUCGUCACUUCAGAUCAACCGUACCGUCGAUUGGAACGUCGCGAUUCCCCUUCUGUCGCCGGUGGUUUCGUCACCGCCACAUCAACAACUGCCGCUAAGAGAGGAGCUCAAACCGAAUCAGCAGCAGCAGAGACGGCAGAUCGCAGAGACGAAAAAAGUAGUUUUCAAAAAGUGGCAGCACCCCGCCGCUCCGUUUUGCUACGAGCAUACUUCCGUGGUUCCACCAUUUUGUUAA